GUUUUCACGUCAGUGUCGUCCUGAAACUGGGGGAGGGUGCACGUGUUUUCCGCUCGUUAAAAACAUCGAAAAUCGUUCAGAAAUACUUAGUAGAAGACGAAAUAGUAUUAGCUACGUAAUAGUUGUAAUUUCAAGUGGCUCAGUAGUUUAAAGUGAAGCAAUGGUGUGAAAAGUUAUGGAAAAAGUUUCUUACAAUGGUGAGCUAAAUGUUGAGUGUUGAUUAGUUUGUGCCCUCACUUGGAUCAGGACCAGCUGCUCGAAAAACAAGAGAAGGGAGGAGAUAAGCCCCAAUUAAAAGUUUGGCAGCGACCAUGAGACGGGUGCCGCCAUGGAGGUGAAGAAGAAGGGAAGCCUGUCGCCGGUGCGGCCCGCUCUGAGGAAGGACGACGACGGAAGAUCCACCAGGUCGAGCAGCGCCAAGUCGGAGAAGGAGGUCCGUCUGCCCCCGGAGCGGUCCCCCAGCGAUGCCAAGGACCUUCUCCAGCAUGCCAAGGACCUGAAGAAGGACCGGAGGCUGUCCCGGUCCAGUGACUCGUCCAAGGAUACCUUUGAGAGGCAGGACUCCACGCUCUCCAGUCCGAAGGUCUCCCGCAAGUACUUCACGAACUGGCGGCAGGCGUGCGACAAGACCAAGGACCGCACCAAGGAGCUGCUGAAGCGCUGGCGGACCCUCCCAGAGUCCGACGCUGAUGAGGGAGAGAUGUCGGCCGCCAACAGCGAGGGAGAGAAGCGUGGCUGGAGCGUGCAUGUUUGGACGACCUGGGUGAACCGGUUCAGCGAGGACCUGGAGUGCCUGGAGCUGGAGGAGGAGCAGCCGCUGGCGACGCUCGCCGGCGUGCAGGCCGACAAGAUGACGCUGUUCUUCGAGGAACUGCUGGACCACGAUAGAGACGAAGUCAUCUGCGACCAGGACUUUGAUAACUUCUGCGAGAAGUUGGCGCACUUCGCCGACUGGUCGACCAACUCGUCCGAGUUCCACAUACUACUCGAGGUGAAGAGGGAAUUCAUCGAACAUUUCAUCAACGAGUUGCCCAACAAAUGGCGUAACCUACCAUACUACCGGCGGGUCUGCGGGCCCGAGGCGGGCGGCUACCCCGGCCGGAGCACCCUUGAGGGCUGGCUGGCGCGCUGGGCGCUCUACCUGAACGAACUGAGGAGGUUCUCAGACCUCCCCCUGUAUCUGCAGUAUCUGUGCAAGAUCCUGUUCCAUGUGAUUGAUAGAGAAGGUACGGGAGCGAUCACGAAGCCCGCGCUGGCCGCGUACUACCGCUCCGUGAUCGGGCUCACCGCGGCGAGAGUCGACGAGGUCAUCGACACCGCGUACGACCGCAUGACCAGUAACGGCUACCUAAUCCUCGACUACGGAACCUUCGUGCACUGCUUCACCAACUGGCUGUUCGGCAAGAACCCCAACGGACCGGGCCAGUGGGUGCUCGUCCCGCCCAAGGGCUCCCUGCCCCCGCCCCCCUUCCCCGUCGACUACAGCGCACUCAACACCGAGCCGGCGAAACUGGAACCCUACGCGCCGGAUAAGAAGACUAAUCGACAUUCUGUUAUUGUUUAAUGGAGAUUUUAAGAUGUUUGUUAUACUCGUAGUGUCAUCGUAACUGCAGAGAAGCUCCAGAGUCAUAAAAAUAAGGAACUGUGGUCCCACAUUAUCGUAUUUUCAUACAUCUUGAAGCUUCUUUGAGAGCAUUCACUUAUUGCAGAUUGGUCAAAAAAUUGUCGCGAAAAUUAUACAUUCUAGUAGGUUUAAGAUCACAGCCUACCUAGAUACAAAAGAAACUACUAAAACAUAUUCAUUUUUGGUUAAGCUAUAGAUAGCGUGUGAUUUAAAUUGUUAACGAUUAGAACGGCAGGUUGUGCCUUGCUUCUACAGAAUAAGCUACGAUAGUACCUAUAGUGUGAGUAGUGCGAAACCACUUGGUUACAGAUUAUGUAAUAUUCGUAUAAUGGUUGCAGCUGUGCACCUCUAUGUACUCCGCAUUUAGUGCAAGCAAUGUACAAAUUUUCGUCAUGUUCGAUUUCAUGUCAUUCUUAUUUCGUGAGUCGCAAAAGUUAAACUUCAACUUUGUAUUACGUAUAUAUUAUCAGGUUGCGGCUUUCAGAAAAUACAUAAGUACUUCAUUAAAUUAACCAUCCACCAUCGUUAUAAGGUAAAUAAAGAUAAUUAAGUAGGUAUAUAUUAAAAAUAUCGAAAUAAGUUACUACAAUGCUAUUCAGAUUUGAAUCAGUAGACAAAUAAUUCAAUUAGAUCUGAGGAAAAUACUCGUUGUAUAAAACUUCAAAGACUACUUAGGAUAUUCAAAUUAAAAAUCUUAUUCAAUAUAAUAAUUAAAUUAAACACUAGUCAAUUUCUGAGUAACAAAGUAUUCAACUGCUAUAAGCAUAUCAACACAUUUUUCGACAUUUGUUUCCUGGUAAAGGUAGGUAGGUUGAUUGUCCAUAAUUGAAUGUGUAGUAAUAUUUGUAUCUAACGUAAUAAAUACAUACCUAAUAGAAAAGUUAAUGUGAAAAUCUUAUUAAAAACUUACAUUCUAAAUAGACUGUACCGACAAGCAGCACCAUAAAACUAUGUUUCGCUAACCAUACAAAAACCUUAUUAUCCUAUUGUAUACCCUGCUGGGCAAAGUUCACCCUUGUUGGUCUAUGUGAACUUUCCCACUUACCAGGGCAUAGUCCAGCCAGAGUACACCAGAAAACACCUACCUACUUAAAUUUUAAAAAACCAAUUACUUGUUUAAAUUACCUAGAAUGUUAAUUGAUAGGUAAAUAAUAAAAAAAUAUGUAAUACGUAAAAUAAUGAGGAUUUUAACCUAAACGCUUUAACUCGUAAACCUUGUGCAAUUCGACCAAAAUAUAAAUUACUACACCUAGUAUUUCCUACUAUGUACCUACACUUAUACCUAGGUAACAAAAUUGUAUAUAUAGUAGUUAAGCGCACGACGGGUUAAGUAAAGAACUGCCUUAGUAUUACGUAUUUCACGGCACAGCCUUAUAUUUUAUAAAUAAGUCUUUUAAUUAUAAAAUGUGUUCAAAAAUGGGAAAGUUUCUUACUGUGGCAGUGCUGUUUAAGUUUGAAGUAAAAUAAAGUACUCAUAGGUACCUAUUAGAUUAUUAAGUCACAGGUAAUCUUAUAUCAAUUAUUAAUAUUGGUUUAUUUUAAAA